AUGUCUAACCAAGCCAACAAGUCCAUGGCCGAUCUCAAGGAGAUCACUGGCCAACUUCUCGUGAUCGUCCGCGCUGCCCAGCAAAUUCCCCCUGGUCCCAGUCACUUCGCUCUGGCGACACAGGCAAGUGAAUUAGUGGCAAGGGCAGUCUGGGAUCAUGGCAAGUCCGCAUGCCUCCCCGGGCUCGUCUUGUCUUGCUCAAGAGAGUUGAUCCAGACCCGCAACUGUUCUCCACAAGAGGCCCCGAACUGGCGCAGCAUCGGCCAUGACGACCCUCAACUCAUGCAGCACAGCUGGUGCAGCAAGGCCCUCGCCUGGCAAGCCUUGGGCGACCACUUGUUCAAUCUCGCACACGAGGUCGAUGGUAGUGCCACCGACAAUGCUCCCGGUCCCUCGACGAGCGUGGAUGGUGAUGCUUUGGAGAAGGGGAAAGAGAAGGCGAGGGAAGUGGAGCCAGAGCUGGAGAAGGAGAUGGAGAAGCCGAAGGAAGAGCAGGAGAAGCCAUGCAGGAAGCAGCCUUUCUCCUGGAUGUCAAAGCCACUCCCGAAGUCGGUGAUGAAGACACCGAAGAGGGGGAAGUCGGGGCAGGAGCAGAAAUUGAGAGAAUCGGUGGAUUCAUCGGACAAGGAGGAGGAAGAGGACGGGUUGUCAAAGCCCCAUUCCGACACAUCCUCCGUGAUUGUGACUUGGCGGGUUUCCGCCACCCAACCAUCAAGGCCAUCCGGGCCUCCCCGAUCCCUGGGCUCUCCGAAGAAGGCCCCCUUCGGCCCUGUAACGCAGACACCUCCGCUCAUGCGCCCUGACGUCCCUGAGUCGUCUCAAGCGACUUCCAAGAGCCCGAGGGAUGUGCCCCUGGUUGUGGAUGCCGGGGCCAUUCUCAUUCCCAGACCGAACAACCCGUGCAGGUGUUGCACGCAGUAUGAGCUGCCGUGCACCACCAGGUUCGAUAAGCGAAAGGGCACAGCCCUUAUGUCGACCCUUGCCGCCACCACACGAGGGCGGUCUACUGAGUGGACGAGGGCCUCAUCGACUGGCCCGUCGACCUCCCAGUCGAAGGUGCAGACCCAAAGUCAAUCCUGGGGGCCGUCGGUAGUUCCGAGUGAGCCUCGGGGCAACCCCCCCAAGCCAUGGUCCCAGGGCCAAAGCAAGCCCACAGGCUCGGUGAUGAUGCCCAUCCCCCCUGCAGCCAUCAUUGCAUCAUCGAGUUCGGCUGCCCCCCAUGCAGCCCAGGACUUCCCGAUCCUGGACCUCCACUGGAUGUCAAUUGCGAUUCAUGAGACCGCUCCCGGGUCGCAGUCCCACAUCCACUUGGCACCGCUGCCACUCAUCGACUUCGGCAUCGACUCGACAGGCGAGGAAGGCUCCACCAUCGUUGCCCCGGUAACCAAGCCAACACACCCGCCCUCUCAGACUGAAGCGGUGUUGGACCCUCCUACUGCCAUUGAAUCGACAGUUCCCGUCGAUGCAGUUCACAGCCCGGCCGACAAUGGCGCCUCCACCUUCGCAUUGGCUUUCGCACUUCCGGCCCCCCCGGCAAUGAACCCCACCCCGUUGGAGACUCCCAAGGAUGGCCCGAGCGCCGGUGAGAUUGUUGAGCAUGGGUCACCCCUCAACCUUCUUCUGGAAUAUGAUUCCGGUGAUGAGCAGGAUGCCGUGAUGGAAAUAGUACUCAGCAAUCAGUACAGCAUACCCACCAUUGUGCAAACCUCUGAGCCCCACGCAUGUAGCAAAGAGUCCCAAGGACCGAGUCCUGAGCAUAUUGGUGCUCGGUACUCGGUCUUUGCCUUUUGGCUUUUGAUCCUCGGCCCUCUGACCUUGAUACCCAAUGUUCAUUGGCACUUAGUCCUCGGUACUCAGUACUUGGUUCGGCUCUCGGUACAUGUAAUUGGUACUCGAUACUCGAUACUCGGUGCCCGGUUCGCCAUCCUCCCAGAUCCUCAGGUGCCUGGGCCACCAUCCCCAACCCUUGGUACUUGGUACUCAAUUCUCAGUACUCACCACCCGGGUCGCGGUUCACCAUUCUCGAUCCUCAGUACUCAGGUUCGGAGGUCUCAGUCCUUCGACCCUCGAUACUUGAUCCUCACUCCCCAAUUCGCCAUCCCCGAUCCUCGGUACUUCAGUUGGCCAUACUCGGUACUCGGUUCUGAGGUCUCGGUACUCCGUCCUUCAGUACUUGAUCCUCAAUGCCCUGGGUCGCCAUCCCUGAUCCUCGGUACUCAGUACUCGGUACUCGGUGCUCCAUUUGCCAUACUCGAUACUCAUUUAUAUGAUGGUUCUUGCUACUAG